GUGCGCCUCUCUGCAGCAGCAUUCAGUCCGCGCGCUGCUUCCUCCUCCUCUCUCGUGCGCAUCUCUCCUGCUGAUUUUCACUUGAAGACGCUCGAGGACUCAGAGGAUUUACUUCACCUGUUUGAAACUCUGAACCACUUUGGACGGGAUUGACAAAGAAGAGGAGACAAAUAAAAUGCGUCUUAUCCACAACAUGACGACCAUUGCGGAGUAUCCAACACCCGAAUACUCGGUGCCAAACCGGGUCAUUAAAAUGGCUGUGAUAGGAGGCGGCGGAGUUGGGAAAACCGCGCUCGUGGUGAGAUUCCUAACGAGGCGCUUCAUUGGAGACUAUGAGAGAAACGCCGGUAAUCUGUACUCCAGAGAAGUCCAGGUUGAUGGAGAGCAAGUGACCAUCCAGGUUCAGGACACUCCUGGUGUGGAGAUGACCGACAAUGGCAUCAGUCUACCUGAUCAUGUGACCUGCUCCAUCCAGUGGGCCGACGCCGUGGUGCUGGUGUACUCGGUGACAGACCGCCGCAGCUUCGAUUUGAUCGAUCAGCUGCACCAGCUGGUUGUCCGUGCAGGCGGUGCAAAUAUGCCCCCGGUAAUCCUGCUGGCCAAUAAGGCGGAUCUGCUCCACCUGAGGCGGGUCGACUCGCAGCAGGGCCCCUUGCUGGCGGGAACACUGGGCUGCUCUUUCUAUGAAGUAUCAGCCAGCGAGGACUACAGCCAGGUGCACACGGCUUUCCACAGGCUGUGCUGCCAGCUAGCCAAGCAGCCGCCUCCGGCCUCCAACAACUCCGCCAGCACUGCCACGGAGAAGAGGCGCUCCACCCUCAUCCCCCGGCCAAAGUCUCCCAACAUGCAAGACCUGAAGAGGCGCUUCAAGCAAGCGCUGUCGGCGAAAGUCAGGACUGUCACCUCCGUGUGAAGAGGGAGGCUGGAAAUUGAAAAAAGUGGUCCAGAGUGGCAAACGCAUUGAAGGUGGAAGAAGACAGAAGAUUCAUGCCUCUACACUGACAUCCUGUAUCAGUUUGACUGAAACGGCAGGUGUGAAAUAAACAGUGGUAGCCGGAGGCGGCUGAAUCUUUACAGAGGUCGUGACCUCUGAAUGGGCGGGUUUGUGUCCUGUCAGAUACCGUGUGCGAGGAGGGGCAGCGAGGAGGUUCAUCUGUCGAGGAGUCGACACAGAAGCAGCAGCGCGAGGCUGACUGAACCUCACUCAGACUCUCUGCAUAUAAAACUGUAAAUCAAGCUGUCCUGGCAACAGCAGCUCUGAAGGACUCUGCUGCUUUAUUUUUAGCUGCGCUGCCCAUUGUGGCGCUUCUUUAUUCAGAACUGCCACUACAUAGCACCGCUGAGUGCCGGUAUUAGUAUAGCAGCUACUUGAGCCAGGGCACUGUGCAGCCGUGUGUUUGUUUGUGUACUCUCAUACGUGUGUGACAAUAAAUGCAGUGUAUAUAUAUAUUUUUUUGCAG